AUGGUCAUCACAACGGUAACCGUUCAUUGGCUCUCCUGCCGAAAACCGGACUCCUUCAAGAAGCUGCAGAAAGGUCUAGCGGAAUUCCCGUUCAGUGUGGCUCUCGCUACCCUAACGAUUAUCGCCAUAAUGUCCGUUCUCUUGUAUGCCUUGCACCUGGAAUCGGUGGAAAGUUCUCACGCUCGUACCAGAACCGCAAUCCGGCUGAAGUACGUCGACUACAUUCUGCUCUGUCUUACCACUCAGCUGACCGAGGCUACCGAGCGUUAUCUAUGGCAGGGUGCAGCCAGCACCACGCGGCAGCAGCUGGAUGCGAUGCGCGCGGAAAUCGAAGCCUGCAUCGACCGAUUCCGGCACGGGGCUCGUAAAUUACUCGACACCCGGGCCACUAUCGGUGGCACCUUCACCAUCCAGGAGCUGGAGCACAUCUUCCAGCUAGACCAGCAGGCCGUCCGGCUCGGCGAGGACAUACUCAAAUUGAAAAGGAAAUCGAAACCGUUGCUCUCGGACCGUGCCAUCAAAGCGCUGCUUCGCAAGUGA